AUGGGGUGUCUACAGUUGUAUAAAUGUAUAUCUAAAAUCAUUGCUGAUAGGAUUAAGUCUUUCUUACCUGACCUUGUCGAUCCUGUGCAAUCUGCCUUUGUCCAAGGUAAGAGAAUUUCUGAUAAUAUUUUCCUGUCUCAAGAACUUAUGAGAGGCUACCACAAAAAGUCUCCAUCUCCUAGAUGCACAAUGAAAGUGGACAUUAUGAAGGCUUAUGAUAAUGUUAGAUGGGACUUUGUUGUUGAUGUUCUGAAAGCUGUGGGUUUCCCAUCUAAUAUCAUUUGCUGGGUUAAGGCUUGUAUGACAAGCCCAUUUUUUCUGUGUGGUAAGACUAGGAUUGUCAAUCUUUGUUUUGCGGAUGAUUUGAUGAUUUUUUGUAAAGGGGAUGUAUUUACUGUUAAGGCUAUUAAGGAUGGGCUAGAUGAAUUCCAAAGUCUUUCUGGUUUAUCCCCUAGCCCCAAUAAAAGUCAUAUCUUCUUCUCGGGGUGUGAGAAAAAGUUGCGUGAUGAUCUUAUGAACGUUGUCAAAUUUAAUGAGGGAUUCCUUCCUGUUAGAUGCUUGGGUGUCCCUCUUAUUUCAACCAAGCUCAAAUCUAAGGAUUGUGACCAGCUGGUGGAGAGGAUUACUAAGAGAAUUAAAAGCUGGACUAAUAGAUAUCUCUCUUAUGCUAGUAGAGCUCAAUUGAUUAAAUCUAUUCUUUUUUCCAUGCAAGUGUAUUGGUCUUCUUUGUUUAUCUUGCCUAAGAAGGUUAUCACUGCUAUUGAGAGCCUGUUUAGAUCCUUCUUUUGGUCUGGUUGUGACCGUAGGAAGCAUAGUGCUAAAGUCUCUUGGGAGAAGGUCUGCUCUCGUAAAUCUGAGGGAGGGUUGGGGUUUAAGUCUCUUGGAGUUUGGAAUAAGGCUGCUAUUGCUAAGCAUGUCUGGUUCUUCUUCUCGGGUGGCGAGCAGUCAAUGUGGUGCCAGUGGGUCAAGUCCUAUUUAUUGAAAGGGAAUGGCAUGAGUGCUUUUCUUUGGUUUGAUAAUUGGCAUCCUCUUGGGUCUUUAUGGGUUAAAUUUGGCAAUAGAAUUAUUUAUGACACUGCACUUGGCAUGGAUGCUAAGGAGGUGAAGGAGCUGAUUGAUCAUACUCCAUCAAAUGUCAUCCCUACCUUGGGUAAUGACCAAAUUAUAUGGGCUCCUUUCCCUGAUGGCAAAUUCUCUAUUAAUUCAACUUGGAAUUUUCUGAGAAAAUCCUUCCCUAAAAUUGGUUGGGCUAGAGUUUGGGAGUGUAUUAAAGGUAGGCUCAAUGUGGAUUGGCCUAAUAAUCCUUGGCUUAAGAUUAUAGAUCAUGUGUUAAGAUCUACUGGUGGUAAAACUCUCAGAGCAACUAUUUCUAGGCUUGCUUUUACUUGCACUAUGUACCAUUUGUGGCUUGCUAGAAACAAUAGAAUAUUUAGUAAGGAGUUGACUCCGGAAGAGGUUGUUAUAAAAUGCAUCGUGGAUAUGGUUAGAUUUCGAAUGAUGUCUAUUACUAAUCUGACAAAGCAUUCUAGUGACAGCUGGUUCUCUAGCUCAUUCAUGGAAAGAGAUCAUGCAGUGUUCAAUGUGAAGAUCCUAUACCUGUGGGUUGAGAGUCUUGUACCUGGAGCAGCAGCAGUUUAG